UGUGUGUGUGUGUGUGUGUGUGUGUGUGUGCUUGUGUAUGUGUGUGUGCGCGCGCAUGCUGUCAUUUUCAGUUCUAUGGCUUCUACUAGCCUAGCCACCUAGCCUCCUAGUCUAGCCCCCUAGCCUAGCCGCAGAGAGAGAGAGAGAGAGAGAGAGAGAGAGAGAGAGAGAGAGAGAGAGAGAGAGAGAGAGCGAAAGAGAGAGAGCGAGAGAGGAACAUGCCCCGUCGCGUCCCCGGCAGAGAGAGCUAAACAGUGGCCGGAGAGGGAUAGCGAAUCUCGGCUUGUCUCCGCUGGAAGAGCCGGCGACCUACCGGAUGGAUGUUUAGUUACUGGAUGGAUAUUUAAGACUGACAGGUGGAUUUGUAAUUUUUUUACGGAUAUUUCAGCGUUUGUUUCGUGCUUCGCCGCCAUGGGGUUUUACGGUACCCUGAAGCUCAUCUUCAUCAAAAUGAAGAGGAAGUUGGAUCAUGGUCCCGAUGGACGACCAUUUCCAACUGGGAAGAAACGAUGCAAAGGAAACUCCUGCCCGUCCAGUUUGGCUCCAUUCCAGGCCACGCCCACCACUUUUGGCGAGCUGAGACUAGCCAAUGGUCAUUCAGCUCAGCGGAGGCGUGUGACUUCAGGCCCGCCCCCUUCUGGGCUACAGGACUGGCUGCACAUAUUCCAGGCAUGGAGUGGACCUGAAAGGCUAUUGGCUAUGGAUGAGUUGAUUGACAGGUGUGAAACCAAUCAGGUGAAGCACAUGAUGCAGCUCAUUGAGCCACAGUUCCAACGAGACUUCAUCUCUCUGCUGCCCAAGGAGCUGUCUCUGUACGUGCUGAGCUUCCUGGCCCCAGGAGACCUGCUCCAAGCCGCUCAGACCUGCAGCUACUGGCGAACGCUGGCGGAGGACAACCUGCUCUGGAGGGAGAAGUGCAGAGAGGAAGGGGUAGCUGGGUGUGUGUUUGGCAGCAGGAGGAGAGCGAAAGGAGGGCCGGCGUCGAGUCCCUGGAAGACCACCUACAUCAGACACCAACGCAUCGAGACCAGCUGGAGGACAGCGGACACACGCACACCCCAGGUGUUGAUGGGUCAUGAUGAUCAUGUGAUCACCUGUCUCCAGGUGAGCGGGGACCUCAUCGUCAGUGGCUCUGAUGACAACACACUGAAGGUGUGGUCAGCUGUCACCGGCCAGUGUGUGCGGACCCUGUUGGGACAUACAGGUGGGGUUUGGUGCAGCCAGAUGUCGGUUGCCACGGUGAUCAGCGGCUCCACGGACCGGACGCUGCGCGUGUGGAACGCCGAGAGCGGGGAGUGUGUGCACACGCUGUACGGACACACCUCCACCGUGCGCUGCAUGCAUCUCCACGGCAACCGGGUGGUGAGUGGGUCCCGGGACACCACCCUGCGUGUGUGGGACGUGGUGACGGGGCAGUGUGUGCACGUGCUGACGGGUCACGUGGCGGCCGUGCGCUGCGUGCAGUACGACGGCCGGCGGGUCGUAUCCGGGGGUUACGACUACAUGGUGAAGAUCUGGGACCCCGAGACUCAGACCUGUCUACACACCCUGGAGGGGCACACCAACAGAGUGUACUCCCUACAGUUUGAUGGUGUGUAUGUGGUCAGUGGGUCGUUGGACACGUCUAUCAGGGUCUGGGACGUGGAGACAGGGGGGUGCGUCCACAAGCUGACGGGUCACCAGUCCCUGACCAGCGGCAUGGAGCUGAGGGACAACCUGCUGGUCAGCGGGAACGCCGACUCCACCGUCCGCGUCUGGGACGUCCGCACCGGCCAGUGCCUCCACACGCUGCAAGGGCCGAACAGGCACCAGUCGGCGGUGACCUGCCUCCAGUUCUGCCGAGGUCUGGUUCUGUCCAGUUCUGACGACGGGACGGUGAAGCUGUGGGACCUGCGCACUGGAGCCUGGGUCAGAGACCUGGUGUCUCUGCAGAGCCAGGGCUCUGGUGGGGUGGUGUGGCGAAUCAGAGCGUCCGACACUCGGCUGGUCUGCGCUGCCGGCAGCCGCAAUGGAACGGAGGAGACCAAACUACUGCUGCUCGACUUUGAGCCAGAAGAGAGAGGAGGAAACGAGUGAGGAGGAGGAGACGAGUGAGGAGGAGGAGGAGACGAGUGAGAAGGAGGAGGUGGAGGAGGAGGAGCAGGAGAGGAUGCUAAAGCUGGGAGAUGAGCUGAAUGUAUAAAGAGUCUUCAUGUUUAUUGUAAAUACCAAGACGACUCCUCCGUGACCAAAACCACAUGAAUGUUCCUGGACUUUAGUGACCGCUGGGUCCACCAGAGACUGACUGACUGGCUGACUGUCUGACUGACUGACUGACUGACGAAUUGACCUACAGAUUUCUGUGAAACUAUAAAAAUAACUGUUUCUAUGAUGUGGAGGAGACAGCGAUGAUGCUGAGAAGCAUUGUGGUUGGUGGGACCUGAUCGACCUAUGACCUCCAAGGCCACCUCCUGGUUAGACCACUCCCCAUGUCCUAGGCCCCUCCCAUUCUGAGAUGGUGCUGUGGAUUGUGUGAAGGGAACACUGGUUUCUAUAUAUCCUUCCAGAAAGGUGUAUUGGGAUGUGGUUGCCAGGCCACGGCUGUGACCAAUCAGGGGGGUUUCCAGCUACUCUCCAUCCAUUGAUGGUGUAAAUAUGUGUGUGCCAAAAGUGUAAUAUUGUAAAUAUUGUAAUUACAGAAUGUACAUACCCAGGAUUUAUAAACUAAAAACAGAGAAUAUUGUCAUGCAGGUGAAAUGAUGGAGAGAUGAAAGAUGAAUAAAGAUGUUGUCUUUUA